UAAAUAAAGUACACCAGUGCAGUAUUAUCGCAUUAUCUAUCAACAGAACGGGUCAUACGACUUCACUGCACCAGGGCAGAGCAAAGUCUAGAUCAACAUUACAACUACCCGACUGGAGUCAGUUGUUACUUGCGCAAGGGUGUGCUUUAGCGGAGACACGCUUUAGAGAGGGACCUCUCCGCACAGGAAGUAUAUUAAUAUCAUAUAAUAAUCUACAGACGUACGUGCUUGAAGAAUGACUACUGACAAUAUUUAGGUGGUUGGUGAAGGAUCAUAUGUCAUGGCGUCUAAGGCUAGAGUUCUCCAUUGUUGUGUUUGUAAGAAGCCAUACAAAUACAAAGGUGCAGAUCCAUACCUCCUUCCGUGUUUGCAUUCAGCCUGUGCUGAGUGUAUUGGCGCUAAAGGUAAGGCAAUAACAUGCUUGUUCUGCCGAGAGUCAUUUGACAAAGGGAAAUUCAUUUUCCUAAAUGAUGCUAUCACUCAAGCAGAAACCCUUGCUUCUACUCUUCAAUAUAAGCCUUCGGAGAUCAAAUGCACCAACAAGGACCAUAAUUUGGAUGCAGUAUCGUGGUGCAAAGAAUGCGAGUCCUUCUUCUGUCUUUCAUGUCAAGCUGCACACAGCCAGGUAAAGAGUUCCAGCACACAUAGGAUGGUGUCCCUGAAGGAUAUGGUGGCAGCGGAUUUGCAGUCACUGAAGUCGUUUUGUCCAGACCACGAAUCCUACGCUUUGGAUCUUUACGAUGAAACGUGUGAGAUCCUCAUUUGUUCAAAAUGUGCUCGGUCCAAUCACAAGCACUGUCAGAGUGAGGAGUUGGAUGAUGUUGUUGCUGCUGUGAAGAAAGAAACAGAAGAAGAUAAGAUGAAAUUAGCAACCAAAUUGCAAAACGUCAAAAGUUUGAUCGACGAAUCAAACGAAAAACAGGAGAUGAUGAGGAAAAGGCACAGCACAUUGAAGGAUUUGUUGACAAGCAGAUUCAACAGCUUACGUGACUUGAUAACAAGACGAGAAGCGGAAGUGACGAAAGCCCUGGAGUUUAGACAUUUGUCUGAGAUGGAUGAGGCUGGGAGGGUCAGCAGCAAACUGAAGCAGAUGUUCAGUAUAUGCGACAAUACCCAUAGUUACACAGGGAAACUACUUGAGCUUGGUAACAAGAGCGAUAUGCUGAUGUUGAAGGAGCCUGUUAAGUUCAGGACUGAAAUGGCUUUAUCUGAGGGGGCAGAAGUGUUUGACUUUGUCCCUGUGCAUGUAACAUUUUCAAAGGAAAACAUACACGCUCUUAAAAAUAUUCUACAAACCGUGUGCGACAUUGAGACAACAGAGGGGGAUGAUGGAAGUUUCCUCAAUCUAUAUGCCAAUUUUGAGGGAUCUCCUGAGAAAGAUGUUCCAGGCAUUGCAGAUGAUGAUCAAAAAGGCGAUGCCAGACAUGUGAAAGCUGAAAGGGAGCCCAUUGACGUGGACCCGGACAACGACAACGGAAACAAAGAAGUAGGCAACGAAGAAAACGAACAGGGCACUGGAGCAGAGCUUAUCGAUGACACUGGCCCUUUAUCAUACCCUGCUUUGAAGUUCGACAUGGAAAGAAUCAACAUCAACAAGGUCCACGUCAAUAACAAAGGCUUCUUGGUCAAUACUACAGUUUCUCCAGAAAGGAAACUAAGAAAGUACGUAGGGACGACAGCUGGGACACCUCUCCCCAAAAACAAAUUCAGCUAUUGGGAGGUACAAUCAGACUUUGACAUGGCUUCUAAAAUGCACCAACGUGGCUUACUUAUGGAAAUAGGCGUGGCUACAGGAGCAUCAUUGGACAACAACUAUUGCAUGAGUGGUCAGGUGGGAUCCAGGUGCCUCGCUAUCGCGCACUGCUCUGCACACGAUGGAGUCUGUGCGAAGGUCUGGAGCAAUGGCCAGAAGUUGAGAUGCUAUGAAAACGUUUUGUCCACCGGUUCAGGAACAUCUGAGACACUACGACAUGGGCUUCUGUAUGACGGUACAAGGAACAUCCUUACUGUAUUUGACCUCAACAACGUGGUUCAGCUUGUAGCUCUGGGCGAAGGUGAACUGGACGAUGAUCAAUGGCCAGUGUUUGGGGCAUACAAUUCGUCCCUUGCUGCUGUUCAAAUGAAGCUGGUAUCAGGAAGCGAAAUAGAGAUGUUCAAUUCAAAGACAAAAAUGCUGAAAGGAGUAUUGAAUUCUGUUCUUUAAGUAAAUAGCAAAAGCUAUUCUGGCUGAACAUGCGUGUUUGCAAAAACAUACAAUUAUUUCCUCUUUUUGGGGUGACUGAUCACAUCACUAACCUACUGUAUACACAUAUAUUUGGAAAGUAUUUUGUAUCUGCCCAAAUGAAUGUAUUUCAGCUUUCUUGAUACCAAUGUGGUUGUUCUAGACAUUGGGCAAGGCAGCUACGUUGUCAGCAGAUUCGCCAGGUAUUUGGAUGAGAUGUGUUUGAAACCACGACCUGUGCUUGUGUAUUUUAUUACAAAUGUUUCGUCAUUGGCCAUUAGAUUUGCAAACUGCGAGGAUCUACUAGUUAAUUAUAAGUGAACAUUUCCUCAGGAGUGGUCCUUUUAGCUUAAAAUAUGACGUGUACAUUCUCCAAAUCUGCUAUGCAAUAUCUCUAUCCUCUUCAACAGUCAUGGAUUUAUAUCUGGGGCUGAAACAGAUAAAAUUAAUCAACAGUUUAUCUAUGUGUCCAAGGUGUAACUUAAAUGACUUACAUAUAGCGGCUACGGUGUUAGUGUAAUGUUAUGUGCACGGAUAUUUUAUAUUUUUGCUAUUCAUAUAUGAUGCUUAGUAUAAUAA